AUGGUUGAAUAUGUGAUCCGCCCGAUGUACAUAAUACCUUCAUUAUAUGAUAAAUUGACUAACUGCGCCACCAACUGGGCUCCUACACAGUCGUCAUUCGUUCUUCCAGAAUCAAUAAAUUCAUCUGCCUAUAUGUUGAAUGAUCAAAUGUAUCCCAUAAAUUCAGUCAUCCCUUCUCGACAAGUUGCUACUAGUUCUUGUCGAAACUCCGAUUUAUUUUAUGAUAAUUUCAGUUAUAAAACCUCGAACCUAGGUCAGUUGCUUGAAGAAAAUGUUAUGUUCUCAAAGCAUUCUGCUCAUAAUAGCAUUAAUCAUGAUGGUAAUGAUGCUGACGGCGAUGCUCAACCCAAACUGAACUUCACCGAUCCACUGAUGACAGAUAUUGCAGUUGGGGAACUAGAUAAUUCACCGAAUUCAAGUCAGGAGUUUGAAAUGUUACUGAUACCUCCAUCUUCAUUGUCGACAUCAUCGUCAUCAUCAUCGCUGGGUUACAUUAGUGGUCAUCCCAGUUCAAUGUGCUCAACUCCUACAGAAACUGAAUUUUUCAACUCAUCUGCUUCAUCAUUGUGUUCUAGUUAUAGCAACAACAAUAAUAGUAACAACAGUAGUGUUAAUAGCAAUUUAGCGUCGUCAGUUGAAUGUGGUUCCUCCUCAUCGUCAUCAUCAUCAACUGGUUCAUGUUGUUCAUUUCAACCACAACAACCCUAUAAUGGUGUGAAACACUCUGACCUUUGUGAUAAUUUAUUUUCGAGGUCGAUUAACUCGAGUACAACUUCCACAACCACCGUUAGUAAUAGUAUUGCAACCACCACUUCCACUGGUGUUAAUGCUUCUAAUGGAUUAGUGAAACUCGUCAGACCAUCCUAUAUUCAUGUACAGAAUCGACAACAUGAAGAAUUAUGUUUGAUGUCAUCUAAGAAUAAUGGCAAACCCGUUUGGCAAAUGAAAUUUGGUCGAAAACAGCAUGUUUACAAUCAUACAAUGUUGAACAACACUUCAUCACCUUCAUUCAUUACACGAUUUCGUUUUCAUCAUCAUCAUCAUCAAAAUCAGUAUAUAAAUCAUCAGUCUAGACGCCGUUUCACCCUUAUGCCAAAAAAACCAUCUUAUUUAAAUGAUCAAGUUGAAAAUCAAAUGUAUAACAUUCAUUCAACUCAAAUGCAUUAUGAUUAUUCUCCUAGUCCGGCAAUACAACUGACCAAUCAAAAUAUUACUAAUUAUCAAGAACAAAAUAUCCACUACUCCAAUCCUGACCUUUCCGCCUACACAUUUCAGUUGUCCCCGUCUAUUCCAGACAGUCAUCACAAAGAAAAACCUUUCUGUAAUAAUAAUAAUAAUAGUGGUAAUACUGAUAAUGUGAUGAACAAUCCAGUCGGUAGGAAAGAUAAUUUUUUGCACAGUAUUCCGUUAAGAAGGGAGAAGCAUGAAUUUGCAUCUGUUAGGUCAUCACCAUUACCUUCUUUACCCACCACUAGUAUUACUGAUAUGACCCAUACUACCACUGCAACUGGUGAUAUGUCUUCAGUAAUGUGCAAAAGUCCUUCUAGAAAUUACUGUAGCAACUAUCCAAUUAGUCCGCCUAAUCCUGUUCAAAAGAGACUGCAUUUGUUACAGUUUAUUAGUAAAAUUUUACAAUAUUCUUCUGAAUCUUCUUCUUUAUUCACAUCUUGUUCGACAGCUUCUUCGCCCUCUUCAACUUCAUCUUCUACUCAUCCUACUUCCACACUCAUUUCUUCUGUAUGCUCAUCAACAAUGUCUCCUGCCUCUACAUCUUUACAUCCUGGCAGUCAACAAGAUCAGUUUAUUCUACAUCUUUUCACUCCUAAUUCACAAUUUCUUAAUUGUGUACAAUGGAUUGAUAAACAGGCUCUUAGUCGUAGUUUAAGACUUUACUACGUCUCUGGGAAAUUGGAACGUAUUCGGGGUCAACGUAAUCAAUAUCGUUUUUUAGAUGUAAAUAUUUGA